AAAUUUUAAUCUUUUGCAAAACCCUUCAGGGCGCCAACGUUCAAGGUAGAGAAGAGAGCCCCGUCAAAACCCUUUACUCCUCAUCAUUAAGGCCUGUUUGGAGGGCGAGAAAGUGAAAGGAAGUAAUACUCAAUGACAGAAAAUCCAAAGCAGUCUCUUAACAACACUCCUGAAUCUUCUCAACGGCCUGUAAAGAUCCAAAAAACCGUGGAAGAUCAAACCGACAACAACACAGAACAAAACCCAGAAGAAGAAGAAGUAAAUAUUCCAAAACCCAUGAACCAAAACCCUAAACUUCAACGUUAUUUGGUGGCUAUUGAAUAUAUGGGGACCCGGUUCUCUGGUUCCCAGAAACAGCUCAAUUGCCGUACAGUGGUUGGCGUUCUUGAGGAGGCAUUUUAUAAAUUUAUUGGGCAGCCAGUUUCAGUUUCUAUCUCCAGUCGAACUGAUGCAGGGGUACAUGCCUUAUCAAAUGUUUGCCAUGUAGAUGUGGAGCGCAUUAGCAAAAGGAGGCCGGGUGAAGUGUUACUGCCUCAUGAACCUACUGUGGUUAAAAAAGCUGUGAAUCAUUUCUUACAGCGUGAAGGUGAUAUUAUGGUAACUGAUGUUCAAUGUAUUCCACCUGACUUUCAUGCAAGAUUCAAAGCUCAAGAGCGAACGUACUUUUAUCGGUUAUUGUCUGGGCCAGAGCCUUUGUCUAUUUUCGAGAAAGACCGGGCAUGGCAUGUUCCUGAGGAGCUAGAUCUUCAUGCUAUGCAGGAAGCAUGCAAAGUUCUUCUUGGGCAUCAUGAUUUCAGCUCCUUCAGGGCAUCUGGCUGCCAGGCAAACUCGCCAAUAAGAACAAUAGACGAGCUUCAUAUCAAUGAGGUGAUUUCAACUCAAUUUCCUUCCAAUACGGUGAGGGAACAAAAUAACAUGAAAAAGGAAGAUUCCUGUGUGAGUGACUCCAUCAGUUCUGCAACUUCAGUGCCUAUUAGUUCUAUUUGCAACAGUGAUACAUUAGGGACAUCCAAUGGUGGAAGUCAUUUGGAAUUUGGCAUAAGGCAAAGGCAUCACAACUAUGUGGUUAAAGUGCGGGCACGUUCUUUUCUCUACCAUCAGGUUAGGCUGAUGGUUGGGGUACUAAAAUCCGUUGGAACUGGAGAUCUCUCCGUUUCUGAUGUUGAAAGAAUUUUAAAUGCAAAGACGGUGACUGCGGCAAGUGCCAUGGCUCCUGCAUGUGGUCUCUACCUUGGACAUGUCAAGUAUGAUCUUCCACAAGAAAGCUAAAGAAAUUUCACGUUCAGAGACAUUACAGAAUUCAUUCACUUGUAUCAGAUUGCUGUUUAAAGUGAUUAUUUAUCAUGUGUCCGACAGACAAUGCAAUUCUGCCAAUCACUGCAUAUUAUUCUAGUUUUUUAGGCCAAAAGAGUUAUUUCCCUCAGAGGUAUAGUGAAAUCUCAAA